CUCCAGCCGAUUUACGUAAAAGUUGAAAAAUCCUGAAAUAGUCAGAUAAGAUGUCACGCUCCUUGCAACGUUUGCUAGGCAGCUGUAGGCGCUUGGCCCACCAGCCAGUCCUCCGGCCGCAACGUAGUUUGGCCGCGGCGCCAGAUCCCGUUAAGGGAAAGGGGCCGAUAUCGUGGAAGGGCUUGGCUGUUGUCGGAGUACUGGGCGCCGGCGGAUUGGGAUUUAUGCUCUAUGUGAAGAGCGAGAAGGAUGAGGCACGAAUGAAGGAGCGCAAGAGGCAGCUCGGCAAGGCAGCUAUCGGCGGGCGAUGGGACUUAGUCGACUCCCAAGGACAAGUACGGAAAUCUGAAGAAUUUCUAGGAAAAUGGCUGCUCAUAUAUUUUGGCUUCACUCAUUGUCCAGACAUUUGUCCCGAUGAGCUGGAGAAGAUGGCUGCUGUCGUCGAUGAAGUCGAAAAAUCUCCACAGACGCCAGCAGUGCAGCCUAUAUUCAUCACAGUGGAUCCAGAACGUGACUCCAAGGAAGUGGUCGGAAAAUAUGUCAAGGAGUUUUCACCAAAGCUGCUGGGACUAACUGGAACUGUGGACCAGAUACGAAAUGUUUGCAAGGCCUUUCGUGUUUACUUUAGUGCCGGUCCACGCGACGAGGAUAACGACUAUAUUGUCGAUCACACCAUUAUCAUGUACCUAGUCAACCCGGACGGAGAAUUUGUGGAUUACUACGGCCAGAACAGGGAUAAGGAACAGUGUGUGGCAUCGAUUCUGGUCAACAUAGCCAAAUGGAAUUCGCUAAAAAAAAAGGGAUGGUUCACAUAGGCUAGGCAACACCUUGCUAAUUUAAAAUGUUCAUUUUGUUGUAUUUCAUGUUACAUAGAAAAAUAUAAUAGAUUGGCAGCGUAGCUGCGUUGCAUUUUCA